UCCACUUACCUCAUCUGUCUCUCUCCAGAAAACCAGUUUUCUCUCUCUAUACGUACACGUAUGACGUAUAUGCAUACGUAUGUACUUCCUUUACCUCGAAGUUUAUUUGUACCCAUUUGCUCGGAAUCCUCAUGCAAUAAACCCUAGCUAACUUCUACUAGCAGGUUCUUGGUUGCUGGUGAUUCUAAAAUCAAUUUUGACUAGUGGAGGUGAACUUUGUAUUUGGGGCUUUGCUUUUGGGUAAUUUCAAGUGGCUUUAGGAAAAAAAAGGGGUUUUUCUUGUUUCAAAAUAAGAUUAUUGGAGGUCAAGAUCUCAUGAGAAUUUUUAGGGGAAUGCAGAAAUUAGUUCGUGAGUAUAAGACAAAAGUGAGCUGCUGGGACAAAGCAUUCAGCCAAGGUAUUGGUGUGACUGCCCCAAAGGCCAGGAAGCGUGAUAAAUUCAAAGCAGGGGCUUUAUUUCUCUAAUUUCGGUUGAAGAAAACUACACCAAAUGACUCGGAUACUGGUUCAGCGCGGUUCUGCUGGAGCUUCAUCGUCUUCAUCCUCAAAUCAGAACAGGUCAUCAACUUCGCUCCCUGCUUCGUCUUCGUCUUCUUCUUCUUCAGCUCCAACCCAGUCACAGGCGUCUAGUAGUAGUCAGGUAUUAUCAGCUUUGAAAGAUGAUGAAUUCGUGGAAGAAAUACAAGAACAGGUUGCUUUAGAAGAGUCCUCCGUUGCUUCUUCAAACUAUAAGGAUGAUGGUGAAUCGUUGGAAAUUUUGGGCAGCGAACAAAGCAACAAUGAGGAAAAGAUUGCUGACAACGAGAAGAAAGAUGGUGGUUUUGACAGUGAGGACUUGACAAGGGAAUUUGAUGGUUUAGGAGUCGUGGAAAAGGAAAAUGAGGAAAGUUCAGUUCAGAGGGUUUCACGUAGUUCAUGUCCACCUCCACCUCCUGUCCCACCCCCGAAACCUGCUUCAUUAAACUCAAGUCCUAGAAGAUUUCUGACGGGUAGUUCACAUGCUAUCCGGAUAGGAUCAUCUAGGGGAACUGCUGGGCGAUCUACUGUCUCAACUAGGACUUCACCUGCUGGAUCCAGGCCAUCCUCUCCACGGUCACACUGUGAAAGUGAAGGUUAUAAUAGUGCUGAUGAGCAGAACCCUAACUUUGGAUCCUCAUAUGAUGAUGUGGAGAGAGAGCGGCAGUUUGAAAUGGACUUAAGACGAGCCAAAGGCUUAGAAGUUAAGAAAAUGUUGGAAGAUGGGAAUUGCCUUUUCCGUGCUGUUGCUGACCAAGUAUAUGGUGAUUCUGAAGCUUAUGAUUUGGUCAGGCAAAUGUGCAUUGACUACAUGGAGCGGGAAAGAGACCACUUCUCUCAGUUCAUAACCGAAGGUUUCACUUCCUAUUGCAAGAGAAAAAGGAGAGACAAGGUUUAUGGAAACAAUGUGGAGAUUCAAGCUUUAUCUGAAAUGUAUAAUCGCCCUAUUCAUAUAUAUUCCUAUAGCACAGAACCAAUCAAUACAUUCCAUGGAAGUUAUAAUACCGACAGCCCUCCUGUUCGACUCAGUUUUCAUCAUGGAAAUCAUUACAACUCCCUUGUUGAUCCACAUCGACUAACUGUUGGUGCUGGCCUUGGGUUUAGCUCUCUGCAAGGGAGGAAUGUCGAUAAGGAUCAGGUCAAAGCAGCAAUAAAAGCUCAACAGGAUCAGCAAAUUGAUAACGCACUUCUGGCUGAAGGAUGCUUUUAUUCGGAUCUUGAGCUCACUGAAAAGGAGAUUGAACGCAUGGUAAUGGAAGCUUCUAGGGCCGAGUAUGUUGCCAAUGACAAGUUCAGACAGCAGCUUGGUUGUCGAGAAUCUUCAACUUCUAGUGCUGAACCAUCAUCGUCGGGAGCUAGGUCAUCAGGAAGUGACACACGACAAGAAGGCAGUCGAGAGGUCCUUAGCGACUGCAUCGAGAUUAUGCUGUCGAUGGGAUUUAGCUAUGCACGAGUAAUAGAGGCUUAUAGCGUAUUCGGGGACGAUGUGGAUUCCAUGGUAUGUUAUCUCAUCGAAACCAGCAAUAGCAGCAGACGUAAAGGAAAAGCAACUGAAUGAUGAAAACCAAAAACGACGUGUAAUGAGAUAAUAGUUUCUUGUUUCUCUCUAGUACUAGAAUGCAUGUAUCGUCUCUGAAACCUCGAAUGUGUUGUUUUCAGCCUUAAAUCUACCACUGGUGUGCUUCAGGUUAGCAUUAGAGCUUGAUUUCUUCUCUGCUUCUACUUCUGGUAGUAGGGACUGUUGAACGCUUGCAUCUUCGAAUAAUCUCUGUUUAGCAGUGUUCUACAGAUAAAGGUUGUUUUCUCUAUUUAAAACCUUUCUGGAAUAUAUACAUCUUUAUGGUA